CCUGCCCUCUCCCCUUGUCCUCCAACCACCUUGCCAUCGGUCACGGAUUGAUGAAUAGAGGUUGAAAAGGAUCUGCGAAAGCUUACCCUAUACUUAAUCCUUCUUCGUUUCUGGACUGCUUCAUUGGAUCUCAUCCUUUUUUUCUCUUUCCCGCCGAGUGUCGAACGCGCGCCUGGCUAUUUGACAGCUUCCAGACAGACGUUCAAUCAUUGAUUGAGGUCGUCUCUUAUAUUUUAUUACGAUUUCUGCUACGCCUGUAAAGUUUUAUCUGAAUCCUUAACGAUGAUGAACCCCUACAUCAGUUGGGCUCUCCUGCUCGUUGUGGCAGGUGGCCUUGGCUGGUACUACAAUGGCCCGAACCCUAAGCACAAGACCCCCAUAAAGCCCGUGGUGGAAAAGACGGAAAGUGCGCCGGCCGCAAAGAAGCCCAAGCGCAAGGCUAAGAAGUCUCCGGAACCUUCGCCUGCCCCUAGCAAGCCGGUGGAGGAGAAGCCCGCAGCUCAGCCCACUGUUUCGAACGCCGAUGAGGUGGAUGAGGAGAUCGACAAGAAGGAGAUGGCGAAGCGUUUCGCCGCCGUGAAGAACGGAACUCCGGUGCAGUCUAAUGGCAGCGGCAGCGGCAGCAAGAACCAGAAGAAGAAGAAGACCAAGGCAGCUCAAGUUGAGAACGGCGAGCGCUCCGCCUCUCGUGUUUCUACGCGCACUUCGUCUACUACUGGAGCAGAUGCCGAUGAUGACCUCUCCCCCGCUGGUUCCCCCUUGGUGAACGCCACUACCCCCUCCGCUGGAUAUGUUUCGGAUAUGUUGGAAGAGCCUGCUCCGGGUGCUUCGGUUCUCCGUGUCACCGGUGCCGUGUCGUCGGACGCCACCAAGAAGCAGAAGCCCCAGUCGUUCAAGCAGGUCGAGACGAAGAAGCAGCGCCAACAGCGGUUGAAGAACGAGGCCCGCAAGCAGCAGGUCCAGGAAGCAGAGGAACAAAGACGUAAAUUGCUUGAGAAGCAGCUCCACAUGGCCCGCGAAGCCGAACGUCGUGAGGCUGCCAACUCGAAGCCGGCUCCUCAGACCAACGCCUGGCAGACCAAGGCUGCUCCCGCAGCCACCAACGGUACCCCCAAGGCGGCCCCGAGCCCGAAGGUCGAAUUGUUGGACACCUUCGAGUCGGAUGCGCCCGUGACUAAGGCCGCCUCGAAGAAGGAAUGGGACCAAGGUCUUCCUUCUGAGGAGGAACAGAUGCGCAUCCUUGGCGCGGACAACGUGGACCAGUGGACCACCGUCUCCAGCAAGAAGACCAAGAAGAAGGGAGGCAAGACGGACGAGAGUGAAGUCAGCGCUCCGGAAAGCCAGCCCGCUCCUGUUGCCGCUGCCCCUGCUCCCGUUGAGCCCAAGGUGAAGGUGACGCCCACUUACCUUCCUGAUGUCCUUCGCUCGAACGUGAAGGGGCACCCUCUUGACUCUGACUGGGCUGCUUAAGUCUCCCCUUAGGUCACCCGAAAGAAGCUAGAUCAGGGAAGCAUGCCUGUCUGGUUCAUUCAGGACCCUCGUAUAUCCUGAAUUGUAUU